AUGAUACAAAAAAAGAAAGGUAUAUCAGCUGAUCAGCAACGACUCAUUUUUGCUGGAAAACAAUUAGAAGAUGGAGCAACAUUGACCCAUUAUGGAAUACAUAAUGGAGCUACAUUACACUUGGUUCCACGUAUGCGUACUCAAGCUCCAUCUACGCUAGAUCUUUCAAGUCUCGAUCCACAAUAUGAUUACGAUUUUACAGAUGUGAAUGAUCACAGUCAUAAAUUUCAACGAGGUGGACUCGAUUAUGUUCGUCCUUGCGGCUGGAAACGCUUUGCUAUUAAAGUAACAGAUAAAUAUGAAAAUUCGGUAUGGCUUGGUCACCAGAACACUGAAGGAGAAUGGCCUGUCUCUUAUCAUGGAACUGGUCUCAAUGAAAACAAAACGAUGGCGAUGGAUGGCUACAAUUUAACGAGAGGUAAAACAUAUGCCUUUGGACAUGGCGUUUAUUCAACUCCUGACGUAAAUGUGGCAGAAAAAUAUGCAGUCAAAUUUUCACAUGAAGGAAAUCAAUAUAUGGUUGUACUACAAAAUCGUGUGAAUCCUGAACAAUUAGUAAAAUUAUCGGCUGCUGAAACUGGCAUUGGUGAUUACUGGAUUAGUCCUAGUGACAAAGAUAUCCAUCCAUAUGGAAUUCUAAUUCGAAAAGUUUAA